GAAAAAAAGUCACAUACGAAGUAUCAAACUUGCCAUCGAGCCGAGCCGACGAUUUGUAGCCGUACUUGUCCAAUUUUUCUCCACGGACCAGUGACUAGUAUGUAAAUGUAUGUCCUUUUCUAACGAUACGAGUACCUCGCGCUCUUACAGCGAAUAGCGAUUAAAAUUCUAUUUCCAUCGCAUUUUACCAAAUUACGACUUACGAGCAGGUACGCGUGUAUUGGUGCAUUUCCCUCGGGCUCCGUACAGUAUUUUAAUAAAAAUUAAAAAUUAAAUUAUAUCGCAGGGUGACACUUCAAAUCGACCCCUCUCAUCGCGCGAACAAAGUGCAACUUUAAGGGCACACGUUCUUCUUCGAUCCACCGGCCACCCUACCAUCGUGCAAAAGAUGUUGAAGACUGAAAUGGAGCAACCUAAAAUUACUAGCACUGGCACUAGCACCGCUAGGCUGUGGCUGUGGCUGUUCAGUAAACUCUUACUGGCUUACCUACCUAGGCGUCGCAUCGUGCUUCUGUCUGUCAAUCGCCAUUCGCCAACUCGUUGCGUCUCGUCGUUCACUUAAUUUUCAUCAAUCGGAGCACAACGUGAUCGUGAUCAUUAUUCGAGCAAUUUUUACCUACCCUAUGUUUUCGUUUUAAUUUUCUGGUCAUUUCGAGUGAUCUGGCGAAUUUGAGCCGUUUUUUUAUUUCAUAUUUUUCAUAUUUUUCCUUCGUCUUAUUUUAUUUCAACUUUUUUUUUUUUUUUUUUUUUUUUUAAUAAUGUUGGGAGCGAAUUUUUGUUGUGUUAUCGGGUUUUUUGCCGUAUUUUUCAUCCAAAAUUCGUCAACUCAGAAUAGAAAUCUUUGCGAUAUCUGCGAAUGCAUUCCAUCCUAUGCCGAACCAUCGUACGUCAACUGUAAUUGCAAGAAAAGUAAAGUGCUCAUUCUGAAAGAUGAAGACGGCGAGACGUUGGCCAACACAAAAAUGCUCAAUAUUUCGACGUGUAAUUUCGUAUCGUUUCCCCCGAACGGUUUUCCAAAAUCGAAAAAGUUGAAAUCGGUUCAAAUCAAGCUCAUGAAGUUAUUUCACCUGAAUUCCGGAGUAUUUCCCUACGCUGUGAAUUUGAACGUGGAGGAUGUCGACGAAUUAAUAGUUGACGGUUUUCAAGGGCAAUCGAAUUUGGCCAACAUAGAAAUUAGAAAUUCCGUUCUAUCUGAACUAGCCGAAGACUCUUUUCGAGACGCCAAAAAUCUGGAAAAGCUUAGCUUUCAAAACGUCACUAUUGGUAAUAUAACUUCCGGAUCUCUUGUAAUUUCAUCGAAUAAUACGAAGCCUUGGAUUAAAUUUGCAAAUUGCAAGAUUGACGACAUUCAGUCUGAUGGUAUCUCGUUGCAAGUCUCGAAAUUUGAAAUAGUCGAUUCGAGUAUAAACGUGAUCAGAGCGACCGGCAUUACGGUAAUUGCCAACGACAGUAUCGACAUCAUUCGAAGUACAUUCGGAGCUGGCAUUUCCCCGGAAAGUUUCCAAUUCAAGUCGAAUAAAAUAAACAUAGUUUACAACGACUUCGAGUCGUUGCCGUCUCUCUUGCUUAAAAACGUCGAGUUGACGAAUGACAAAAAGAUCAAUUUCAUGAAUAAUUUGAUUCACGACGUCGACUUAGGCGGAUUCAUACUCAAUUCCAGGUUAGAUAAGAUAUACUUCGUCAAAAAUAAAAUUAUGUGCGAUUGUACUCCGCGAAAGACCAGCAUACUAAAGGUGAAAGAAGUAUUCCCCGGUUUAUUAAACGACGAGACCAAUUUCGACGCGAUAAUCGAGCAUAAUUCUUGCAAAAAUUACAACGGUAUGCAUUUGAGCGAAUUCAGACGCAAGUUUUUGGCGAGAAUCUUAUGCAACGAUACGGACGUGGACGCGUUACCAUCGUCUUUCGCCAAUUCUUCCGAACAAAAUGAUUUUUCAACUUUACUCGGUAACAAUACGAGAAACGAAGCGACUCUUACGAGCGAUAGUUACGCCGCCGCGAAAUUCAGUAUUUUCACGAUUUUAAUUUGUAUUUGCGCCGCAAAUAUUUUCUAACAUUUGAUUCGUCGAGUGACUAGUUGACUACCUACGAGCCCAAUUUAUCUUUCACUUUUUUCCCGCAAAUUGUACGAAAUUUGUAGAUUUUACGCGUCAUACGCGUGUACGAGUCCAGCAGAUCGUGUUGACUGCAGUUGGUGCUUCGAUAUUACGUACUUGGUACCAAUUUAUCAACCUAUUAUUACCUACUUUUCUAGUAAUUACUCGCUUAUUUUUGUUAUUGUUUUUUGUACUCUUAUACCAGAAAUAAAUGUUGUUAUCGAAAAAAUAAAAAUUGAAAAAAAAAAAUUACGUACAUUUUAUUAGAAUUAAAAACGACAAAUAGGACUAUCGUUUACGAUUUGAAGAUUGAUUUUUGGUCCGACCAUAUCUCGAAUGUUGUUAAUGCCGUAUUUCACCAUCGUCGGCCUCUCCAACGAAAGACCCCACGCGAUUACAUUCACAUUCUUAGGUAAGCCCAUUGGUAACAGCAUCUCGGGCCGGAACAUACCGGAAUUGCCGACUUCGAUCCAUUUCUGCAGACCGCGAUGAUAACAAAAUAUCUCCAUACUCGGUUCGGUGUACGGAUUAUACGCCGGUUUGAAUUUCAACUCUUCGAUGCCCAAUUUUUUGAAAAAUUCGUGUAAAAUACCGAUGAGAUUGCCCAACGUCAAGUUAUAAUCGGCGACUACUC